CCCUCCUCCAACUCUCUUCUAUCUAUUCCUUGUUUCUCCAUCAUCCAUCCAUCCAUUGUUCUAACUCUUACUGCUUGCCUAUUCCUUAAUUAGCCUGAUCAGCAGUGCAGAGGGAAGAGAGAGAUGUCCAGCCCUAGGAGCAACGCCAGGCCGAUCACUGACGAUGAGAUCAGCGAGCUCAUCUCCAAGCUCCAAUCUCUUCUACCCGAGUCUCGCCGGCGCCGCAACACCACUAGGGCAUCGGCAUCGAAGCUGUUGAAAGAGACGUGCAGCUACAUAAGAAGCCUUCAUCGGGAAAUCGACGACCUCAGCGAGCGGCUGUCGGAGCUCAUGGCAACUAUGGACAGCAACAGCGCUCAGGCACAGAUUAUUAGGAGCCUGCUCGCAUCUUCAUCAUAACUCUUUUUCUUGCUCCCCUCAAUGAUAUAAUUAUUAAAUAAUCCCUACGUAUCUAUUUCUCUUCGAAUUUUUUUUUUGUAGGGAAGAUGGAGAGACUAAAUCUAUGA